GGUCGUCGGAGCGUGAAGACCACUCUCGUCGAAUUCGCGUUAGAUAAGAAGCAACGUCAAGACCAAGACGCAAACUUCACUCGUCGGCCGUGGUUAUUCUUCUCCGAUUUAGGUGUUGGAUUCUUCUCCGAUCAAAACCCUAAUUUGAUCCAUUUGAAUUCUCGAUUUCUCAUGGGUGAACAUUCACCUUCUCAACCGUCGUCACAUACACAUAUCCAAAAUCAACCGCAAUCACCCGAACCCGAGAACCCUAAUCCAAUUCCACCGGAAACCAACGACGACGACUCCACCUCGUCCGCCGGAGCUUCUGGCUCAAUCGUCUCAUCAACCACCAUCGAAGCACCACGGGUCACAGAGUUAGGCAAUGUAUCGUCCCCGCCUUCCAAAAUCCCACUCCGUCCUCGAAAAAUCAGGAAGCUUUCACCCGACGACGACGCUUCCGGGACCUUAAACGCUAACGGCGACGGGUUCAAGGCGGAGAAUAGUCCCUCUCGUAUGAUGACGCCGCUCGCGACGUCUGCAAAACCUGCCGUGAAGGGUAAAUUGUCGCAGUCACGCGCUGUAACCGUGCCGAGGAUCCACGCGAGGUCUCUCACCUGCGAGGGCGAGAUCGAGGCAGCGAUUUGCCAUCUCCGGAACGUGGAUCCUCUGCUCGGAUCGUUAAUUGAUAUCCACCCGCCGCCGACGUACGAGUCUUUCCACACUCCGUUCUUGGCGCUGAUUCGAAGCAUUCUCUAUCAGCAGCUAGCGGCCAAGGCAGGGAACUCAAUCUACACACGCUUCGUUGCCCUAUGCGGCGGCGAAAACGGCGUCGUGCCGGAGAACGUGCUGCCCUUAACUCCUCAACAGCUCCGUCAAAUCGGCGUCUCUGGCCGGAAAGCGAGCUACCUUCACGAUCUCGCCAGGAAAUAUCAAAACGGGAUCUUGUCGGAUUCUGGAAUAGUGAACAUGGAUGAGAAGUCUCUGUUCACGAUGCUAACAAUGGUGAACGGGAUUGGAUCAUGGUCGGUUCAUAUGUUCAUGAUAAACUCUCUGCAUAGACCCGAUGUGUUGCCGGUCAACGAUCUCGGAGUAAGGAAAGGUGUGCAGAUGCUUUAUAACUUGCCGGAGCUGCCUCGUCCAUCGCAAAUGGAGCAGCUCUGCGAGAAGUGGCGUCCGUACAGGUCAGUAGCAUCGUGGUACAUGUGGCGGCUCGUUGAAGCUAAAGGUACACCGUCGAAUGCUGCGGCGGUGACUGCAGGAGCUGCUCUUUCGUUUCCGCAGAUGGACGACAUUCAACAGCAGCAACAACAGCAACAUCAGCAACAACAGUCACAGCUUCUAGACCCUCUUAGUGUGUUCAGCAUCGGGGCAUGGGGCCAAACGUAGCUGGCUUGGCACCAUAAGGAGUUGUCUGUCAUGGCGAUAUAGGGAUUCUUGUCCGGUCUUCGACUACUGUCUGGUGAAAAAAAGUCAAUUGUUCCAGCCAAGAAAUAAGAAUAAAGCAGGAACUUUUGUAGGUUGUGUUCCUCAAGACACACAACUGAGAGACCAUAGAACAGAAAUCCUCUUAGCUAAGUGAAGAGUAUGUAAUUUGUAGUUUAGCUAAUGAACUUUUCAUUGAUUUCUUCUUGUUGGAGACGUAAACUCUUGUCUAAAGAAAAAAGUUUCUCCUAGAUUCUUUAUAAAAACAGACCCGCAUCUCUAAAAUAAUCGGAAGCAUAUGGUUUUGCUGAUGAUAAAAAGUCACAAG